UAGAAAUAGAUAUAAAAGAAAGUACUAAAAAUAUGACAAAAAAAAGUAAGGUAAUUUUUGACUUGGAAUCGGAACUAAACAAAUUACAUUGUGACAUUCAACGAAAAUCAAGGCAAUGUGAUAUAGAAACUAAAAAUUUAGAAACUAUAAGAAAAAAACAAGAUGAGGGAAAUUUAAAGACACCUCAAGUCCAAAUAGUACAAGUUAAGAAAGAAUUGGAAGAUAUAAAUAAUAAAAUAGAUUUUCUUAAAAAAUCCUGGAUUGAAAAACAAAAUAAUAAUAUAAAAAAAACUGAACAAAGAAAUGUUUUGAUUAAUAAGAUUAAUAAAUUGAAAAAAUAUAAUAGUGUGGCAGAUGCAAAAAAUGUUGAAUUGAAACAAGACAUACAAAGUUUAAGUAAAAAAAUUGAUCAUUAUAAAAUAAAUUUUACACAUAUGAGAAAUGAUAUAUUAAAAUAUAGUCAAAACAUAAGCAACACAAAAGGAAAGACCAAUUUUCUAUCAACUGAAAGUGAAUGGUUACAAAAUAAAUAUGAUGCAGAAUUAAAGGAAAGUGAAGAACAAUGUAUAGAAUAUGCUGAUCAAUUAAAAGCCAUAAAAACUGAAUUAGACGAAAUACAAAAUAAAUACAUAGAAAAGCAACGAGAGAUCAUAACUUGGGAUAAUAAAAUCAAGCAAAUUAUUGAAAUUAAAAAGGAGAUUGUUAAUAAAAAAGGGGAUACAAGACAUAUUGAUGCUAUGAAAAUAAAAAUUCAUAGAAUGCAGAUAAGGGAAAAUCAAUUAAAAAAAACUUUAGAAAAAUUCUAUAUUGAUUUGGAAGGUUGUAUAUCUAAAAGUGUAACUAUUUACAAUAAAGUAGCUUCCAAGAAAAGUAAAAUAAAAGAAAAAAGUGAACCUAAACAAAGAAUAAAUAAAAAAAUGGAUGAUUUACGGUUAAAUAUAUAUAAAAGUAAAAUCGAGUGUAAACAUUUGGAAAUAAAUUUAAAUAUUAUACACAAAGAAAAAGACAACAUAGAAAGUCACUAUUUUACAUCAUGUAAAGAAUUAAGCCAGAUAAAGAAAAAUUUUGGAGACAUAAAGCAAGAAAUUGAAAAUGCUAAUAGAAUUAAAAUUAGAGUACAUACAUUAUAUUUUGAAAAAAAACGCCCGAACAACACGGGCCGAUGAUAAGGCGUCCUAACAGCUGAUAGCGCACAAGUACUACUAGCUGACCACACCCAACCAGUGCAGCUCUCACACUUGGCGUGAACAACAUUAGAUCUCCAGUGGCUGACUUUCCCUUAUUAUCUACUUAUUUUCUAAAAUAAAUGUUGGUCUUUGUCGUAGUACACGCAUGUGUAUCGCCUUGUGUUUUUGUGCAUUCGUUAUACAAUCAGAGAAAUACGACCGCUGCCGAAUGCACUUUAAAAUCGCGCGAUUUUUGAAUUGAUAAUUCAAAUAUGAUAUUAAAGAUAGACAUAAUUUUUAAUUAAUAAUUAUAUUAAUUACUUUAAGACGAUGCAUUGUUAUAUCAUUUUAUAAAAAGUUUUAUCAUGGAUAUUUAUUUUGAUUCUAUGUAUUUUCUUUUUUUUUUUUAUAACUUAUACUUUAGUGAAAAAUUACGAUUGCGUACCUUGUCAAUUAAACAUGAGCUAUAUUAAUGUACAGAUUUGUUUUUCAUGUUCUAAUAUUGAUUAACACCACUUUAACUUGCUAAUAAUAGUUCUUAUUAUUUUCAUGAAAUUGUUGUAUUUUAUUUAUUUGUUCUGUAUGUCUUAUAAUAGAGAUUUGUAACUUUUAGCUUCGAUGCGAAGCUGAGAAGGUAUUGGUUUUACUAUGAUGUGUUUUUUUUUUUUUUUUUUUUUUCUGUUACCACUUUUUCUCAGCUCUCACUGAACGGAUUUCUUUCAACGAUACGUCAAAAGAUCACAAAUUGUAUCUAGUCGAAGACAUUACCCUUCAAAAUUGAAAAAAUUUCCCUCGUUCCCCGUAAAUGGGGGAAACCUCCAAAAAAAUUACAAAUUUAAAAAUCGCUAAUUUUCGAAAUUUUUUCAAUUUUUUUUACUAAAAACUGCCGUAACUUUUUCAAAAAUGAACAUAUCAAUAUAAUUUUUUUUUAUAUAGAUGCUUGAUGUCUUUACCUAUCAUUUGGUAUAUUUUUUUUGUAAAUCUGACACUUAACCUGCCCACAGGGGGGGAUUUAAAAUGACAACUUUUUCACAACAAAUUUACUUUUUCAACAUAACUUUUGAAAAUGUUCCGGAAGGUCUGACACUUUUAUAUAUAUCUUAAAUUAAAGCUAAUGUAAUGUUCUUUAAU